AUGCCAUUAGCAGUGCUGCCAACACUAUCAGCGUUGGUGUCCUUAUUCGUGCUGGCACAGGUCCUCCACCAUCGUCGGGGUCUACUACUGUUCUGCCUCGAGUCAGUCAUCUGCAACAGGAUCAGCUUCUGGUGGUUCACUCUCCACGAUCACUGCUGCAUCGAGUCCGUUAUCCGUAUCAAGCUCAGUACUUGGGUCGAGCUCAAUACUCGCAACAAGUUCAGCCAUCAGUGUUUCGUUCGCGACGAUCACUGCUCCAUCGAGUACAGGAGCCGCAUCCAGCUCGAUACCUGCGACAAGCUCGGCCGUGAGUGUUUGUCCACUGCCACCACUCUUACCACUGCCACGACCGAGACACGCAUCCCUAUCACCCCCUCGGCUUAUAGCACUUUUGAUCCUGGCUCAACUUAUUCUGCCACUGCCACCUACGUGUCUCAAGAGGCCCCAGCUCCCGCUUGUACGGUGCCUGCCUGUCCUAACGUCAAUAACGUCACCUGUACCGAUCCCGAUGGUAAGGCAUAUAACCAUCAGUGCGAUACUGGAGUCACUGGUGGUACCGUCAUUGUCCCCGCCAGCAGCGACAAUACCGACAACUCCAAACGCUGGCGGAGCGACAAUACCGACACCUCCAAACGAGAUGCUGAACUUCUGAUGUUCGACGACAUGAUGAUGAGUCUAUAUUCCGAAGAAGACGCCAAGGCAGUCUUGAAGAAGCGCCAAACAGAUGCACAACAAGCAGCUUUCCACGAAUGUCAGCUUCAGUGCGACGGUGUCGACUUCUGCCGAGCUGUUGCGUAUAACCUAAAUUCAGGCAGUUGUCAGCUGUUUGCACAAGUCUCUGGCACGGGGUACUCGCCUGGUACUCUCUUCGCUUUGCGCGCCCCUGCCCAGGAUGCCAACGACGGUCCAAUCACCUCAACCAUCUACAGCACGGAUAUAACCACGAUUACCUCAUGUCCACCAGAUGUUCAAAGUUGUCCGGCAAGUUCAACCGUCGUCCAGACCUCAUUGGUGCCUGUCAGCGUAACUGUUUCUUCCACCGCAACCUCAACUCCAACUAGUUAUUCGCAGUACUGUGGUAACUACUUCCAGGACUCGCAAUCGCCACCAAAUAACUAUAGUGUUGAUUGUACGAGCGACUACAAUACCGUGGGCAUUACGACAGUCACCAGCGUUCGAAACUUGAACGUCUGUGUCAACACCUGUAGUGGAGUCUCUGGAUGCUUGGCUGCUACAUGGAUUCAAAACACCCUAGAGUGUCGUUUGCACAACGCAGCAGAUCUUUCGUCGGGUACCACUCCAUUCCCUGCUGGCACCAUCGGAUACAGAGCUACCAGACUCACGAACCCUGGCGGACCUUUGAUGAUCACUAUCUACAGCACCGACAUUACCACCGUGACGUCGUGCUCAGCAGACGUGACAAAUUGUCCAGCAAGUUCGACAGUGAUUUCUACUACGCUUGUGCCAAUCAGCGUGGGCGUUGUUAGCAGUUUCUCGAGUACGACUGCUUCUAGUGCCGCUGCCUCUAGCACUAGCACAUCGUCUGCACCAGCGUUCGUGACAAGCACAUACACUGAGAGCUCUGCCAUUGUUCUAACGCCCAUUGAAACUGCGGUAAUCAGCUCGACGGUCUAUAGCACGGGUCUCACCACCAUCGUCUCAUCUAGCUCGACAAUCGUCUCGACCACGCUUGUCCCCAUCAGCGUGACAAUCUCGACUGUGUCCCUGCCAUCUGCCACCAGUUCCAGCGCUGUGGGCGUGGUGACCUCGACGAUCUACAGCACUGACAUCACUACCAUCACAUCGUGCUCUCCUGGUGUUGUAAGCUGUCCAGCCAGUUCUACGAUCGUGUCUACCUCGCUAGUACCGAUCAGCGUGACUGUCUCGACCGUAUACACUCAGUUCUCGACAUCGUGGUACACGACCUAUUCUGGUACACCAUUCUCCACUGCCUCUUCGACUGCGUACUCAUCUGCCUACUCGAGUGGCUUCUCUUCUGCGUAUUCUUCUGCCUUCUCCUCGGCCUACUCGUCGGCAUAUUCUUCUGCCUUCUCGACAGACUUCUCCACUGCUUUCUCCUCUGCUGGGUCUCUGGCUUUCUCAUCGGCGGCUUCGAGUGCAAACUCUUUCGCGACUUCCUUUGCAGCAUCGUCCGCCGCUUCAUCUGCAGCCUCAUCAGCCGCCUCGUCUGUCGCUUCCAGUGCCGCAUCCAGUGCUGCUUUGUCGUUCGCUUCCAGUGCAGCAUCUUCAGGUGGCACUUCGUACGCUUCUUCUGCCGCGAACUCUGGUAUCGCGUCCACAUUCACUCCUAGCGGUGCCACUGACAGCCGCACCGGCACUGCCGUUCCGCCGAUGACAUCGACAUCAUCGUUCUACACUGGUCCCAUCACCAUAACUGUUCGUCCGUCCACAUGUCCUGCUUUGCAGACAUUGACCACCACCGUGUUCACGACUGGCUAUUGA